CGCGGUGUCAUCGCGUGGCUGCCCGCGAAGCGGUUCAUCAAACCCAAGUCCGUACCCAACCUGCCGCCCGGGGUCUUCAAUCACCCGGUCCUGAUAUAUCAGACGACAUCUGAGCAAGCAGACGUGUUCCUCAUCACGUCAUUCCAUGCCGGCGAGUCACUUACCGGCAAGUUCCAGAGCGACGCCGAGUUUCGCAGCCGCCAAAUGCCCAUCGACCCGGCCCCGCCGCACCCCGACAACGGCGUCCGGCUCACCCUCGCGCGCGGGCGGGUGUGGCCUAAGGAGUCCUACGUCAGCAUCAGCCUGUUUACGGUCCCCAUCUCGAUCCUGCGUGAGGAGACUAGCGGCCCUUGGGCCCUCAGCCCCGAGUCUCUCGCUGCGCUCGAUGACAUCGUUGCCAAGCUCCCCCACCUGCGA